AUGUACGUGACAAGGCCUCUUUCCCUGUACAGAGACUCUCCGUCGGUUUCGAUGCCGCCACCGGAGGGUCCGAAUUCUGGGAUUUUGGUGAUCCAAGAUCAAGAAGAAAAUGCAGAAUUGAGAAGCAGCAGGUGGUGUGGACUGUUUAAGAAGAAGGAAUCAGUGAAAACGGCGCCUUUCCCUCAGAACAAGAUACUGCAGCUUACACAUUCGGCAGAAGCAGGGGAAUUUGAGUAUUCAGAAUCGGUUUACGCGGUGAUGAUUCCAGUUCUGAAUCAGCCCCUCUCUUCCAAUCAAUAUUACAUCAUCAACGCUCGCGGCAAUCGAAAAGGGCUAGCAUGCACAAGCUCGAAGGCAGACGAGACAAGCAGCAGCAAGUGCUGCUACACCGUCCCUGAUCCACCACCACAACUAUUUGAUCCAAAAAACCAAUACCAACAAUUCCAAAUCAGCGAUUACGUGUACUGUGGAGGAGCCUCUGGUUUCAUAUGCAACUCCGUGGCUCAAGACGGGGUUUCUCCACUACGUCUAAGCCGCAAUGGGUGGCGAGCUUAUAUCCAUCCUCUCAACGACUUCCACGAGCCCACCCCAGCUCACGGCCUCAACGCCCAACUCCGAGCCCGCCUCCCAGACCUCAACUUCUCGCUCCCUUGCAAAUCCUCUGACCCAGUAGCUGUAGGAAAGUGGUACAGCCCAUUCAUUUUCAUUCGCGAUGGAAAUCAAGCCGUUGGAUCUCAAAUGACGAACUCGCCGUAUUAUGAAAUUACCCUCCAUCAGAAUUGGGUUGAGAUAUUUGGAUGUGAGAAUAAUGGCGUAGCUGUUGGUAAUGUGGAUGUUUUUGUGGAAAGGGAAGUUGUUUCGGGUGAGUCCGGGGCGUCGUCGAGCAAAAACGUUGUUGAUGGAAUUGUGUGGUUUGAGCCAUUGAAGGUUGGGUUGAGCUUGGUGGUUGUGGAGAGGAUGAAAUGGGAAGAGGAUAGAGGGGGGUUUAAAUGGGUGCAAGAAGGGGAGGAAAAGAAAGUGAGGGUGGUGAAAGAGAGGUUGAAGUUGAAGGAAAUGGGUAAAAAGUGGACAAGAUUUGGAUGUUAUGUGUUGGUGGAAAGGUUUGUGGUUAAGAGAAUGGAUGGAAGCUUGGUUCUUACUUGGGAAUUUAGGCAUACUCAUCAAGUUACAACCAAAUGGGAAUGAUUUCAGUUUGUUUUGGAGUCACUUCUGUCUAUGUUUCUGAAUUUCAAUUAUAAUUUGUCAUGGGCAAAUAAUUAUUAUUCUUUUUAA